CGUUAAGUCAGUUGCUGUAGAAACCUUGCUGUGAUCGGUUCAAGUGGUGUUCCUUCUUCAUCUAUCAUUCAACCAACCAACACAAAAAAAAAACCAUCGAUCCAAACUCAAAAUUCUCCAAAAAAUACAAUAAUCAACAACACAAAAUCCAGCUUUAGUUUUUGUUUAAACCCAUUUUUUAUUGGAGGGAAUUGAAUUGUAGCAGAAAUGGCCGAUGAAGCACAAGCACCACCAGCUGAGGGAGCACCGCCAGCCGAGGGAGCCGAGGCGGCACCACCAGCUGAGGGAGCAGAAGCUGCUCCAGCUGAGGGCGGUGAAGCUGCACCAGCCGAGCCCGCUGAGCCGAUUAAGCACAGCUACACUCUCUUCUAUUUCAAUGUUAAGGCCUUGGCCGAACCAUUGCGUUAUUUGUUUGCCUACGGUGGCAUCGAGUACGAGGAUGUCCGUGUCACUCGCGAUGAAUGGCCAGCCCUGAAGCCAACCAUGCCCAUGGGACAAAUGCCCGUAUUGGAGGUUGAUGGCAAACGUGUUCAUCAGAGCAUCUCGAUGGCCCGCUUCUUGGCCAAAACUGUGGGACUAACUGGCACCACACCAUGGGAGGAUUUGCAAAUUGACAUUGUGGUUGAUACCAUCAAUGACUUCCGUCUAAAAAUUGCAGUCGUCUCGUACGAGCCGGAGGAUGAGAUCAAGGAGAAGAAACUGGUGACCCUUAACGCCGAAGUUAUUCCCUUCUAUUUGGAGAAACUUGAGCAGACCGUCAAGGAUAAUGAUGGGCAUUUGGCAUUGAAUAAGUUGACCUGGGCUGAUGUUUACUUUGCCGGCAUUACCGACUACAUGAACUACAUGGUCAAGCGUGAUCUGUUGGAGCCUUAUCCUGCUCUCCGUGGCGUUGUUGAUGCCAUCAAUGCCCUGGAACCCAUUAAGGCUUGGAUUGAGAAGCGUCCCGCUACCGAGGUUUAAGUGGCACACCACAUAAACACACACCACACACACCACACACUCAUCAUUUUAUUUUAUUUUUUUUCUUAAACACACAUUUUGUUCCUUAUAAUUAUUAUUUUUUUUUUCUUAUGGUGUGAACAGCAAACGACCUUCACACAGGGUUCAAAAAACAAAAAACAUUUAUUUAAAAAAAAAAAAAAACAGAAAAAAAAAUGGCAUUAAUAAUAGCUAAAACAAGCAACUAAAAUAUGAUAAUAAUUCUUGUUCGUUUAUAAUUCUCUUUGCAUAGGCUAACCACAUCCAGCAUAUUUUUCUCUAUAUAUCUAAAAAAUAAUCCCAUUCCCAUGACCCCCGAUCCCCUGAUAUGUACACAGAACAUCUUAAUCUUCAAAGUUGACACGGUUUAAUAUAAAUAUACAUAUAUACAUAUAUA